AAUGAAUGAUGAUGAUGGAGAAGAAUUGUGUGCUGGUGAUUCUGAUGACGGAGAUGACUAGGAUGUAUAAGAGGUGAUGAUGAUGUUGAGUUUGAAAAUAUCGAGGAUGCUGAUGAAGCUGGCUAUUGAAAUAAAUUAAUCCAUUAUAUGUAUAAAUAUUAUUAAAAAUGGGAGUAUGUUCAAAUAAGAGUAAAGAGUUGUAUUACUAAGAAGAUGUACAUAAUAAAACCAAAUAGAUUAGUAAUAUUUACAUUUAUUGGAUAUUCAAAAUCCUGUUAAUGUGAAUCAUAAAUAUGCCAAUCAUUUCACUCUAAUUCAAAAUAAAUAUACUGGUAUAGGAAUCAGACUCACUAAUCAAUACACUACCAAUUUAUCAAAAAGUGAGUGGGAAUUGAUGCAAAAUUAAUUUUGGGGUAGAGUAAUAAAGUUAUAUAAAGAUAGUUAUAAAGAUUCAACACAUUGGUCAAGCAUUCGCAACGCUCUGUCAUAAGAUGAUGAAUGUACAUCUCAUUUUUAAAUAUAGAAUCUUCGAUUACCAUUUUGAUGUUGUCUAAAUUAAAAAUGAUUAAUAAUACAAUUCAAUUACUGAUUUCAGAUAGUAUUAAUAUUAUUAAUCAAGAACAAGUAUUUCAAGUUCCAGUAUUUGUAAUCAAUGAACCGAUUUCUUGGAACAACGAACAUUUGGUUCUACAUUUUGAAAAGUCUUCCUUAAAAGUAAUUUGCUAUUAGAUUUAGGUGAGUAUACGCAGUAGUAAACUACCUAAAGAUUUUUUGAUAGAAACAGAAAGCACCUCCACAGUUCUUGAAGUUAAAUAGAAAAUCUUAGAAGUGGCCAAAGAAAGAACUUGUCGGCUGUAUCUGAAUGGUAGAGAACUAGUAGAUAAAAAUUACUUGGGAAAUUAUGAUAUUACUUCAGGAACAGUACUAAAAAUAAUUAACUUAGAUAAUUCAAGCUUUUUUGUGAUUAUAUUUUAAAAUGGUUGGUAUUAAUUUAAAUAUGCAUAAACAAAAAGAGUAGAUUCUUUUAAAGUGUCAUCUCUAACACUAGAAACCAGAACUCGACGAUAUCACUACUUACAACAUUAAUAAAAUAAUCGAAACAAAUAAAUCUGCAUCCAUUUUUGAGUUAAUCUUAGACAAUUGCAAGUUCAACAUGGAUACAAGUUUUUAUCAAGAGAUAUCAUUAUAGUUUAUUGCCAUUAGCAUAGAUUAUAAUCAUUAAUUUACUUAGGCUUGAAUAGUUGCAAUAUGUUGAAUUUGCAAAACAUUCCCAAAAUUGAUUCAUUAAAGAGAUUAACCUUAGACUAUAACUUCAUAACGAAAUUUUGA